AUUGAAGCACAUCAAGGAAGAACACAAGGAAGUAAAACGUUGGUUCGCGUUAGAGAAGAAUAGACAUGCUUUGAAAGAACCGCUCAGAAUUUCCACUGCUUCCAUAUAUUACCAGAAUGUCAUCCAAUGAGAGGGAAGAGACCAAUGACGCUCAAACAGUGCUGGUUCAAAAAGCCUCACAGACCAAUAGCAGGAGAGAUGGCAACACUGACAGUAACCAUCACAGAGGAGUUACAGAAGGUCCCUCUCAACCUAGUGAUGACACAUCCAUUGUUACGGAUGCAAAUACUAUCGCUGCCAAAAACCUGGCCCUGCUCAAAGCCCACUCUUUGGAUGUGAAGUUUGAAGUUGGCGAAGAAUAUGAUAUUAUCGAGACCAUUGGCACAGGUGCUUAUGGUGUGGUCUCAUCGGCCCGGAGAAGAGACAAUGGCCAGCAGGUGGCAAUAAAGAAGAUCCCUAAUGCUUUUGAGGUCGUGACAAAUGCCAAACGCACACUCCGAGAGCUGAAGAUUCUGAAGCACUUCAAACAUGACAACAUCAUUGCCAUUAAAGAUAUUCUGCAGCCUUUGGUCCCUCACUCGGCUUUCAAAUCAGUUUAUGUGGUUCUUGACCUCAUGGAGAGUGACCUGCAUCAAAUUAUCCAUUCCCGGCAACCUUUGACCCCAGAACACACACGCUACUUCCUAUAUCAGCUUUUAAGAGGCCUAAAGUACAUUCAUUCAGCCAAUGUCAUUCACCGUGAUCUCAAGCCAUCUAACCUUCUAGUCAAUGAAAACUGUGAGCUUAAGAUCGGUGACUUUGGUAUGGCACGUGGAUUAAGUGCAGUCCACACCGAAGAGUCACGUUCCUUCAUGACGGAGUAUGUGGCCACCCGCUGGUAUCGUGCUCCUGAGCUCAUGUUGUCCCUUCACUACUACAGCUUGGCCAUCGACCUCUGGUCUGUGGGCUGUAUCUUUGGUGAGAUGCUUGGCAGAAGGCAGAUGUUUCCCGGGAAAAACUAUGUGCAUCAACUGCAGUUGAUUCUUUCUGUUUUGGGCUCUCCACCUGAGAGUAUCAUAGGAUCUAUAGGAUCCGAUCGGGUGCGCUCAUAUGUGCGGAGCCUCCCCUCAAAAGCACCAGAACCACUUAGUGCACUGUAUCCGCAGGCUGAGCCUGCUGCAUUGGACUUGUUGGGUGCCAUGCUCCGCUUUGACCCUCGUGAGCGAACCAGUGCAUGUCAGGCCCUAGAACACCCAUAUCUGGCCAAGUACCAUGACCCGGACGACGAACCGGUGUGCGUGCCUGCCUUUGAUUUUGAGUUUGAUCGGCAGCCUAUGGGCAAAGAACAGAUCAAGGAGGCUAUACUGACAGAAAUCCAGGACUUCCAUAAGAAGAAGCAGGGAGUCAGAAAGAAGAUCCUGUUCACACCACUGCAUGGUUCGGUUCCAAUAGUGGGUGGUAUCUCCAAUAACACCCUUUGCGGCGCUCAGCAGUCUCAGCACCUGACAGAAAUGGCACAAACUCAUCAACAGCCAAAUCUCAAAUUCAAACCAGCAGACACUAAACAAACUAAUGCAGUUCCUUUGUUUUGUAACCAAGAUAAUCCCCAAGUGCCACACCAUAUCACCCAGAUGUUGCCAUCCUUGUCCCAGUCAGUAAGUUGUCAAGAUGUGGACAUGCUCAGUGCAAACUCUGACGGCAAACCGGAAACUAUUGAUCUGACUACUCCCACCUCUGGUCAGGGCACACCUUUUACUGAACCAAUGACAGACUGCACAAAGAAGGAGCUUGUCUCAAAUCAUGCUCCUCUCAAACACAUGGUUCAUUCCCACCCCAUCUCUCAGAUGCUGCCCACAUCUGUGCCAUCUAGUCUCCCUCAGUCUGGCCCUUCACUCUCUCUCACACAGUCCCAGGCUCAGUCACUAUCUCAAACCCUCUCUCGCUCCCUUGGAAAAGGAGGAAAAGCAACAACCAAUGAAGCUACAAAAAAGGAGGGAGCAAUUUCAGAAGACACAAAGGCUGCUCUCAAGGCUGCCUUGCUCAAAUCAGCUCUAAGGCAAAAGGCAAGAGAUGGAGGCUCUUCAACUCUUGGUAUAGACCUAAUUAGAGGAGCUGUUAGAGGUUUAUCUUCAUCGCUCUCCUCCUCUAACUGUGGCCCAGAGCAGAGAAAGCCAGUGACUGCCCAGGAAAGACAACGAGAGAGAGAAGAGAAACGUAGAAAGAGACAAGAACGUGCCAUAGAGCGAAAGAGGAAGAUAAAAGAGAAGGAGAAGAAGGAGGGAAAACCAGGAGAAUCUUUGGGUGGGGUUUUACUCAGUGACAAUGACAAGAAGCUGUUGGAGCGCUGGGGACGAAUGAUGGACAACCGGGUGGACAAAUUGCAGGCCACAGAAACAAUUAGUGCCAAAACCAGUGAGAGUAAGACCACCCCCUGCCAAAUCCAGCCAGCAACAGGAAAAAACCUCAUUAAGACAAACUCAGAUGGAGGAGAAUCAAUGCCGCCGAAACAACCAAAUGAAGUGCAAGUUUUCAAACCCCCCCAAAUACUGCCUCAGAUGGGACAGUGUGAUGGGGAAGGAAUCUUCCAUCCACCCACUACUCAUGAGGCACCGCCAGUCUCUCUAGGCCCAGCUCAGAAUGGAGAUGUAGGAAUUGUUGGUGUAGUGGGUGGCAGAGGUUUUGGUGUGGUUGAUAGUGGGUUAGGUGUUGUUGGUGGAGGGGGCAUAGGUGUGGUAACUGCCCCAAGUGCCUUUGCCAAAAACAACAUGCUAAAAUCCCACUCACAAUUUCUAAGUGUUGGAACAAUGUUCACUGAGAAUUGGACUGGAACCCAGGCAGGUGUGGGAACAUCUCAGUGCCAGCAACCAAUAUCAUAUCAACCCCAGAAAACUCACCAACCUCCCCCAGAACUGAAUCAUCGUGCUCACUCAGGCUUUCCUCAACAGACUUGUACACAUCCUCAAAGACCGAGUCAUUCGCAAAUACAACCUCAACCCCUCACACACACACCAUCACAGUCCAAUCCUCACAUCCAGCUGCUGCCAGUGGAAACGUUUAUAACCAAACCAUCAUUCCUGAACCCAAGCGGCGCUGCCAGCAUUGGGGUCUCAGACACUAGCACAUCUCUCCCUAAUCCAGAGACUGUCAAUGGUGCUCAAACCCUGGACAAACUUUGUGGUUUAGGGGAGCAUCAAAAUUGCUCUCAUUCACAGGGCCCUUUAAAACAGCUUCCAACAGCUGCAGCUCAACCCUGCCUUAGUCUCACGGACACUGGACAGCCAGCAAACAGCAUCCCUGAUAUCCAUACAGUGACACAGCAACUCUCAAAGUCACAGGUUGAGGACAUUUUGCCCCCAGUUUUCUCAGUGACCCCCAAAGGCAGUGGAGCUGGAUACGGUGUUGGCUUUGACCUUGAUGACCUAUUCACUCAGUCUCUUUCCGAGCUUCAGCACCCUGACCUCCGGGAAAGUCAGAUUGACUUGGCCCCCCUCUCUGCAUCCCUGCUUUCUGAUUGGCUCGAGGUACACCGCAUGACCCCUGUUGACAUGGAGUCACUUCAACAGGAGCUCCAGCUUGGAUCUCCCAUGAUCCUCUCUGACAACUCAACGCUCCCUGACAACUGAUCAUUCCAUCCACAUUUCUUGUCCAACACCUUGUAGAACCUCUUUAUGGAAGUGAACAAAGGAACUUGAUAGCUGUACUGUCUACCAGUGUACUAUGCCUAGAAGAGUUGGUAGAGUGAAUCUCAUUGCAAUAGGCUCCAAAUAAUUAAGGACUUAACCUAAAAUCUUACCCAGAAACGUGCCUUUAUCUUUAAUGGGUUCACAUACACUAUUUAUUUGUGCCAACAUCAAAGUAUGUCAAAUUAUCACAGUUCAGUUUUUGGGGGGGUUUUCCAUUCUAAGAAUUUCAGUGCCAUUACAAAGCAACAAGGAUAAACCAGGGAGGAGUUCAGUUCUGUUGUAUCAGUUGUGCUAAUGCAUACUAGCAUUCAUUAACUCUGUUAUGUCUGAAUGUGAUUUUAAGGCAAUGUUCAAGCCGAUAGCAAUGAAAUAGUAACGGUCAUAUUUUUAUCUCAAGUUACUUGCAGUACACACUACAGUAAGUCACCACAAGGGUGGCAGUAUUGUGGUGGAUAAAACACAACAAGGGCAGCAAAGCACAGUGGCGUCAUUACUGAAGAUGUCUAACUGUAGAUAUUAGUGCAGAGUAGAGAAGUGAUUAAUUUGAUGUUGCAUGAAUGCUUUCUAGAGAACUUUGCUCAGUUUUUACACCAGCAACAAAGAGUAUUGUCUUGAAUAAAUCUGUCACAGGGAUUCCUAUGCCCUUUAGUAAUGAUGUCUUUUUUUCAGUGUUCUGUUUAAUGAUACAUAGAAGCCACACA